GUUGUGGCAAUCCUCUGAUCAUCGCCUUUGCCUUAACUUUUGGCCACUGUCUCGCUAAGAUGAGCACCCGUCGGGCCUCCUUUCCCUUUGACCCAGAGCGUCGAGUCCGGAGCACGCUGAAGAAGGUCUUUGGGUUUGACUCUUUUAAGACACCUUUACAGGAGAGUGCGACCAUGGCUGUAGUGAAAGGUGACAGGGAUGUCUUUGUGUGCAUGCCUACCGGGGCAGGAAAAUCCCUUUGCUACCAGCUCCCUGCCUUGUUGGCCAAAGGCAUCACCAUUGUCAUCUCUCCUCUGAUCGCUCUGAUUCAGGACCAAGUGGACCAUUUGCUGGCCCUAAAGGUCUGUGUGGCCUCCCUGAACUCGAAGCUCUCAGCACAGGAGAGGAACCAGCUGCUUUCUGACCUGGAGCAAGAAAAGCCAAAGACCAAGCUUCUGUAUGUCACUCCCGAGAUGGCCGCCUCCGCCUCUUUCCAGCCCACUCUCAGCUCCCUGCUCUCCCGCCACCUGCUCUCCUACUUGGUGGUAGAUGAGGCGCACUGCGUUUCCCAGUGGGGGCACGACUUCCGUCCUGACUACUUGCGUCUGGGCGCCCUGCGCUCUCGCCUGUCACAUGCCCCAUGUGUGGCUCUGACUGCCACAGCCACCCCACAGGUCCAGGAGGAUGUGUUUGCUGCCCUUCACCUGAAGUCACCAGUGGCCACCUUUAAGACUCCCUGCUUCCGGGCCAACCUCUUCUAUGAUGUGCAGUUCAAGGAACUGCUUUCUGAUCCUUAUGGGAACCUCAAGGACUUCUGCCUUAAGUCUCUCAGACGGAAAGCUGACACAGGGUUUUCAGGCUGCGGCAUUGUGUACUGCAGAACCAGAGAGGCUUGUGAACAGCUGGCGAUAGAGCUCAACUCUCGGGGCGUAUGUGCCAAGGCUUACCACGCAGGGCUGAAGGCUACUGAGAGGACGCUGGUGCAGAGUGAGUGGAUGGAGGAGAAGGUCCCUGUAAUUGUUGCCACCAUUAGUUUCGGGAUGGGCGUGGACAAAGCCAACGUCAGGUUCGUCGCCCACUGGAAUAUUGCCAAGUCUAUGGCAGGGUACUACCAGGAGUCGGGCCGGGCCGGCAGGGAUGGGAAGCCUGCCUGGUGCCGUCUCUAUUACUCCAGGAAUGACCGGGACCAAGUCAGCUUCCUGAUCAGAAAGGAAGUAGCAAAACUCCAGGAAAAGAGGGGAAACAAAGCAUGUGAUAGAGCUGCCAUCGCGGCCUUUGAUGCCCUGGUGACCUUCUGUGAAGAACUGGGAUGCCGCCAUGCUGCCAUUGCCAAGUACUUUGGGGAUGUGCCCCCCACCUGCACCCGAGGCUGUGACCACUGCCAGAACCCCACAGCCGUACGGAGGCAGCUGGAUGCUGUGGAGCACAGUAGCACCUGGGUCAGGACCUACAUCGGGCCCUCGAAGAGCAAUGACUUGGACCCCGAGCUGUACGAGGGAGGCCGCAGGGGUUGCAGAGGCUUUAGCAGGUAUGAUGAAGACUCCGGAGGCAGCGAGGAUGAGGGCCGAGAUGAGGCCCACAAGCGGGAAUGGAGUUUCUUCUAUCAGAAGCAGAUGCAGCUACGCAGGGGCAAAGACCCUAAGAAAGAAGAAUUUGUACUCCCAGAUGAGGACUGUCCCCUAAAAGAAGCUUCCAGCAGGAAGAUCCCCAGACUCACUGUGAAGGCCCGAGAGCACUGUCUCCGGCUCCUGGAGGAGGCGCUGAGCAGUAACCGCCAGGCAGCAGGUGCCCCUGAGAGAGUGGACCUCCAGGCCCAGGCUGUGGAGCUGGAGCAUGAGGUGUUUCGGAACAACAAGGUGGCCAACCUCUACAAGGCCGGCGUGCUGAAGAAGGUGGCUGAGCUCCAUAAAGCCUCCAAGGACGGGCAGCUGUACUCUGCUGUGGGAGGUAGAGCCAAGAGCAGCGGAGGCCAGGCUAGGCCCCCAGAGCCCAGUGAGCACGACAUCCUGCCAGCCUCCCAGGUGUACUCGCUCAAAACCAAGCGGGUGGGAGCUGGCUUCACCAAGGGUGCCUGCAUAUUCCAGACAGCCACGGAGCUCAUGGAGAGGAUGCAGACUGAGACACCAGCCCUCCAGCCCCUUCAGGGGGGCCAGCAGGAGCCCCCCAGGCAGCUGUGCAGCCUCCAGGCUGAGGAUAGGGCUGAGCCCCUCCCUGAGCCCAGAGGAGCUGACCCUGGAGGGAGUGCUGAGAGCUGGAGGCCCUCCCCAGAGAAGAAGGCCAAAGAGCCCUCCAGGGGCAGCCCCCUGACCAAGGCCCGCACCAAGAGGAAACGGCAGCUCCUGGCUGAAGCAGCCCGCAAGGACUCUCAGAACAUCGCCCGUUUCUGCCAAAGGGUGGAGAACUCGUCAGGCACCCCACCGGCCCCGGAGCUGUUUAUAGGGGAGGACAAUGGAGCCCUAGAGCAUUUGGCCACCCCUCUGAACACUGAGGAGCCCCCCAGGGAUGGGCAAAGUGCGCGUCCACACAGUGACCAGACGCCCCCUGGAGCCCUACCCACACCCACACAGGAGAGUCAGAGGGGCAAGCGGCCCAGACCCCAGCAGGAGCCCACAGACAGCCUGGCUCAGAAGAAGGCUCGCUCCUCAGUCAAGCCCUGUUCCUCCACUGAAGCCACGGAUAGCAUAUCAGCCAGGGCCCCGGAUGUCAUGCACCUCGCAGUCUCCGGCCCCCAGCAGCUCCCAGGCCCACACAUCUCUCUGAAAGAGACGGCCAGUGUUGUGGUCAAGAGCCUCACCCCUUUCUACAAGCAGGGCAAGUUUGCGUCCAAGGAGCUGUUCAAAGGCUUUGCCCGCCAUCUCUCACACCUGCUGACUCAGGCGGCCUCCCCUGGAGGGAGCGUGACAGAGGAGGCCCACAACCUCAUCAGGCAUUUCUUCCAAGGCCGGACCCGGUGUGAGAGUGCUGGCGACUGGCAGGGCCUGGCUGGCCCUCAGCGAUGA